AUGUCAGCUCCCAACUCCGCCGGCGCCGGCAGUUCCGGUCAGAGCGUGUCAUUAGCAGCCCAAUCGACUUUGGCAGAUUUGACAGCAUGCGUACGAAGGACCAAGGGCGAUAUUCCCCCGCCGCUCGUCGGAGCCUCGACGACCGUCAUUGGCAAUCGCAUGUACCUCUUCGGCGGCAGACUUGUGCCGACGCGUGUCAUGAUAGACGACCUGUACAUUCUUGACCUGCCUACGCUGACGUGGAAGAAAGUACUGCCAGUCUCCUCGCCUCCAGACGAGCAGACCACAAAGCCGAGCAAGCAGGCCAUACGCGCGACACGCAAGACGCAAGUUGGCGACCCGGCAGCUGACGAUUCAGACCAGCAGUCUUCGGGCGACGAGAUCGAUCUAGAUGAGGCCUCGCUCGCAGCAGAGCAGCAGCGUCAAGUACAAGCCAAACAGGACACCUUGCCGCCUUCGCCACGUUACUUUCAUUCUGCCGAAGCCUAUGGGGAUAAGCUCCUCAUUUUCGGGGGCAUGGGAUAUGAGCCAGAUGCCGACAGGACAGCCGAGCCAGCCGCCGACGAGCCAGAGACGGGACUGUGCGUCAUGAACGAUCUCAUCGUCUUCGACACGCACACUCAAACUUGGUCCCAUCCUACAACCUCGACGGCGCUCAUCACACCGCUUGCUGAGCCUGUCAGGGGCCCCUCGGCGCGAUAUGCGCACCUCUCGUCAAUCUCAAAUGAUUGCCUCGUCAUACUUGGCGGACAGGAUCUAGCGAAUACAUAUCUGCAAGAGAUGAACGUAUUAGAUCUCAAGCGCAUGAUGUGGAUCGAAUCCCGCGCGUGGGAUGGUCACUGCGGAACAUAUCGUUCCGUGAUAGCAUCGCGCAAGCAAGGUAUCCGUUUCAACGAUCCCAUCACAUUGGCCACGACGUUGUCGGCAACGACCUCACGUGAGGCGUCUGUGCCAGACCUGCAGGGACGCAACGCCUCGCGUACAUCUGUGGAUGCGGACGACCCUUCGCGCAACUCAUUCUACGCUAACGACAUCGCUUUGCACAUGCCAUACUCUGUGCCAAUCGACGCAGACUCAUUAGAACCGAUUUAUCUGUAUUCAAACUAUAAUUUCAGCAACGUCAAACGCUCCCUCGAGCUGAUCUCUGCACCAACACCCGGUCUGAGCGAGUCAUGUACGGUCACCAACCUGUCAGCUGCUAUGACGGGCUUGCCCAGCCUUCCGCCCGGACUUCGCUUUCCGACAGGUAGCGUCAUCGGUCAACACCUCGUCAUCUCUGGCACAUAUCUCAGUCAUCAGAUGAGUUGCUUUGCGAUCUGGGCACUCGACCUGUCUCACGUCGGUCAAAGUGAUCCCGCCUCGCUAUCAUGGCAACGCAUCGAUCCGGGCUCCAUCAUGGCUCAUGGGGCCAGCUGGAACAAAGCUGUCACGUGGAAGAACACCAUGGUCGUUUUAGGCGAUCGCGACAGAGAUAUUGCGACCGAUUACGACCAUAGACAGACAAACUUCAAUCACGUUGCGCUCGUGGAUCUCGAAGCGUUCGGCAUUUAUCAGCCCCCGCCCCAGAUUUUGCCAGUACUUGCACAGGAAUACGGUCUGACGAGUCUUUCAGAGCCCUACCUUUGUGACUUCGAGAUCGUCUGCUCCGACGGCAAGCGCGUUGGCUGCUCACGCAGGAUACUCGAAGAACGAUGGCCUCUCUUUCGCGACAAGCUCAGCCAGUUCCGCAAAAAAGCCGGCAAGGCCUACAUCGCGGCAACAUCCACGGCUCCACUCGCACCCGGCGACGAAGAUGGUGACGAAUCAGAUGUUGAGAUCCCUUUAGAGACUGGGACAGGCGAUGCAGCAUUGCAGCUCAAUAUCACGCCACGCUCGAUGGCCUUACCCGAGCCUGCUGCAGUAGUCACCGCUCUGUUGCAAUACUACUACACACUCGCCAUCUGUACCUCCUUGCAGCAAGCCUUGCCGAAUUUGGUCGCAAUGCUACUCUUCGGCCGUCAAGUGAAAGAUGUCAACUUGCAAGCGCUUGUCGUGCAUGCUCUUCAUUGUCAUCUAUCUCAGGGUCAGGGGAACGCCGCAAUAGUCUACGAAGCCGCCACCCUCAGCGGCUGUAUCGCGCUGCAAGUCAGAGCGCUGAAAGCGAUGAUGAAUUCAAGCAGAGGACUGGGCACAACUAGGCAGCCUGGCCCGGGCGUUGCCGUUCCACUUGCACAAGGUCAAGCCGCGACACAAAGAACUUCAGAUGCACGUCCGCCUGAACAGAGCAGUCUACCGCUGCGAUCAGCUGCCAGCGGAGUGUUUCCCACGGGCCGCAGCGACCUGACCGGCAGUAAUUUGGCCAGCCUCAGCACAGAUGCAGAUCUGUUGAUGGGCUUCUCGGCGAACCGCACGACGCAUCGUCCAAUCAAAGAGCCUGCGAAACAGUCUAUCAGCCUGAAACAGAGCAGACUCGCGCUGACCGGUCGCUCAUCUCUCGAUCUCGUAGGCCGCAAGUCUUUUGCAGCAUCGUCGACCUACAGUCUGGAGGGAUCUGUCAGUCCCUCGUACACCGGUCGCUCAUCGCGCAUGGCUUCGAUGUCUGCUUCCUCGGCUUCGACAGCACCGACCGAGCCCUCAUCACCGCAUUCGGAGAAGGCGCAUCAAAUUGGCUUCACGUCUGGUUAUCUAAGUCAAAACGGUAGUAUGCUAGGACGUAGCAGUACCUUGAUCGACGACGAUGCUUCGCUCGUGCCGACCAUCACGUCAAUUGCGUCAGGCUCGCUGUCGUCAAACAGCUUAUCAGGCGCAUCCUCACCUCAAGCAGCACCUUUGCAUACCAAUGUACUUUUCGGAAAGGGCGUAACUGGUCGUGGCGGUUCAGGCAAAGCCAUGAAACCGCUGGAGGUGCUUGUCAAGGAGAAACUCGAAUACAUGGUCGUGCAUGAGCAACGCUUACGCGACCACGGCGCCACUGACGACGAAGUGUCGCGCUGGCGAGCGAGCGAGAUGGGCUCGAAAUUGAUGCGAAAAGCCGAGAAGCUUGAACGCAAGCAAGCCAGAGAAGUCAGCCAGAAACAGAAGCUUCAAGAGAAAAUGGAGACAAAGCAACUUGUCAAGGCUCAAAAGCAAGAGCUCAAGCUGCAGCACAAGGCAGAGCUAGAGCUCAAGAAACUUCAGCUGCAAGCUGCAGAAACGAUCUGA